AUGUCUUCCGCAAGCACACACCCUAUACGCAGGCUGUCUCUGUACUACCCCGAUCUCAACAAGAAUUGGUACAACUUUCUCAUCACCCCUUCAAUGACCUGGGAAGACAUGAUUGUAUCUAUCCAAGCUGCAUUCCAAUAUCACGACCCAGUCUGGCCUCUCGACAUCAACGGCGAGCCCUUCUCCAAGACCGCGGAUGUCUUCAACCUCGCCAGCAUCCAGAACGGCGAAGAGCUUCUCAUUCAGCUGAGGGGAGGCUUUCGGAUCGUUGGGCCACUGGAUUUGGAGGUUGUUCUGUACCUCGAGGAGAGUGACCCUGGUGCACUGGAGACCACUCUUAGGAAAACUAAGCCAACGGAGAAGCGUAUUCACAUGGAGAAACUCCGCCGCCGCGAUGGUGUCGCCAGAAAGAACAUUUGCCGCAUUGUUCUUCCCCACUCGGAGGUCAUGGAGCUUGUCACCGCGCUGAACAAGGUUUCUGAUACCAUGUUGAAGCGGACUUAUUCCGCAAGCAAGACUCUAGACGAUAUCAGCAACAACUGGCGCGUCCGCACCACCGAAAAGACCAAGGACCUCACCAACGAUUUGAGGUGUCUGACCAUGAUUGUCAUUCUCAGCAAGGCCUUACCCGGUCAGCACUACUUGGGUGAAGGUUUCCUCCUCGCCGCCACUAAAUCCCGCAUCGAAUCUGGCGGACCAUCCGAGCCCAAACAUAUCCAGGUACAGGAUGUGCUGGACACUAUCCAAAACCUUUACAAGGCCGCCGGCGCGAUCGGUUCUACUUGGGAAACCGCCAAGGACAACAAGGCCAUCAGCAAGCGCUUCGAUCGCAGCAAAUCGUACAAGGCAGGCAAAAAGGGUGAGGCGGCGACCGUGCGCUACAACAAUGAUGCCGAUUACAUGGGCGAAGACGCUGCUGAGGCGGCUUAUCCUGGUAAGGGCAAGGCUAUAGGAAUGCUCGCAGGACGCCUCGAGAAGACCUUGUUGCCGGAUAAUCACAUGGACGGCGAUGACGACAAGGAUGAUUCUGAUUACGUGGAGUGA